AUGGCGGGUGAGCACCACCAGUGGCCGGGCAGCAUCCUCUACAACAUGCUCAUGAGCGCCAAGCAAACGCACGAGGCUUCAGAAGCACCGGAGGCGCCCAGGACACGGCCCGGGCCCGGGGGCGCGUGCUGGGGCUGCUCCUGUGGCGCGGAGCUCCCGCCGAGUAGAGAAGGGCUGCCGGGUAGGCGGGCAGUGCCGGUCUUGUACCGCUGCUGCUUUUGCGGUGAAGACCACCCACGGCAAGGCAGCAUCCUCUACCAUAUGCUCACAAGCGCAAAACAAGUGCAAGAGAACCCCGAGGCUCUGAGGGGAGCGUGCUGGGGCUGCUCCUGCGGCGCGGAGCCCCCGGUGGGCAGAGAGAUACUGCCGGGAGUGAGGGCCAUGGCGCUCCUGUAUCGUUGCUGCUUUUGCGGUGAAGACCACCCCCGGCAGGGCAGCGUCUUCUGCAACAUGCCCACGAGCGCAAAACAAACGCACGCGGUUCUGCCAGGAGCGCUGCCGGGGGCCCCCUGGUGGAACCCCUCCUGUGGCUCACAGCAGCGGGUGGCCCUCAAGAGUCCAAAAGCGGUCUCUGAGGCAGCCUCAGCGGGCCUGUUGAAGACGAUGCGCUUCGUCAAAUACUUACCCUGUUUCCAGGUUCUACCCCUGGACCAGCAGCUGGUGCUGGUGCGCAGCGGCUGGGCGCCGCUGCUCAUGCUUGAGCUGGCCCAGGACCGCGUGAACUUCGAGACCGUGGAGACCUCGGAGCCCAGUUGGCUGCAGAGUAUCCUCACCACCAGGCGGCGGGAGACCGCGGACGACGGGCCACUGCCUUUUCCUAUGCUGCAGCAACACUUGGUACCGCCGACAGAGGCCCAGCAUUUGCCCUCAGCCACCGAGGUCCAAGCUAUUAAGAGCUUUCUUGCCAAGUGCUGGAGCCUGGGCAUCAGUACCAAGGAGUACGCCUACCUCAAGGGGAUCGUGCUCUUUACCCCGGACCUGCCAGGCCUGCGGUGUGUGAAGUACAUUCAGGGACUUCAGUGGGGAACACAGCAAAUCCUCGGUGAACAUACCAGGAUGACCCACAGGGGAUACCAUACCAGAGUCGCUGAACUGAAUAGUAUCCUUUUCCAGCUUAGAUUCAUCAGUGCCAAUGCCGUUGCUGAACUGUUCUUCAGGUCCAUCAUUGGCACAGUCAGCAUGGAUGAUAUGAUGUUGGAAAUGCUCUGUACAAACUUAUAA